AUGGGAAAUUGUUCUCUCUCUAGUUCAUGUGAGGUUGUAGAAACAAAUCUAUCGAUUAACGAUUUUGAACUUUAAACAAUUUUAGGGUCUGGGUCCUUCGGUAAAGUAUGGAAAGCGUUAAAUAGGAAAAAUAAAUAAUUUGUUGCUGUAAAAGUUGUAUCAAAACUAUUGAUCUUAUAGUAGUGUACUGUAUCACAAGUUAUCAAUGAAAAAAAUAUAUUAUCUCAAAUAGAAAAUCCAUUUUUAGUAAAUUUGAGAGGGGCCUUCUAAGACAAUUAUAAUCUAUACUUAUGCUUGGAUUUAAUGUCAGGAGGAGACCUCAGAUAUCACCUAAAUAAGAAAAAGAGAUUUUCUGAAAGUUAAACAAAAUUUAUUGUUGCUUGUAUUUUUACCGCUUUAGAUUAUCUUCACUAAUAAGGCAUAAUUCAUAGAGAUUUGAAACCCGAAAACCUUGUUUUUGACAAAUUUGGAUAUAUCAGAUUGACUGAUUUUGGUAUGGCUGGAAUUUGGAGACCAAACAAAUUAGAAAAUAUUUGUGGAACUGUUGGUUACAUAGCUCCUGAAAUGUUUCUUUACAAAUAAGACGGAAUAGGAGUUGACUAUUUUGCUUUGGGAGUUGUUGCUUACGAAUGUAUGCUUGGAAGAAGGCCAUAUGAAUCAGAAGAUAUAAAAGAAUGGAAAGAUACAGUAAACUUAAAGUAAGUUUAAAUUAAGAGACAUGACCUACCUGUUGACUGGUCUAAGGCAGGAGCCGACUUUAUUAAUAAAUUAAUUUAAUUAAAACCUGAAGACAGAUUAGGAACAAGCGAUCCUAAAUAGAUAAUGAAACAUCCUUGGUUCAAUAAUUUUAAUUGGGAUAUGCUCAUAUCUAAAGAAAUGAUUCCUCCUUUUUCUCCCAAUAAACGUAUUGGAUACAGCGAUUUUCAAAAAGGAAAAUUGAGCAAGGGCAAAUUACUAAAUUUAGAUAUUUUAAAUACAAUAUAAUCAUAAUUCAUAGGAUAUAAUUAUAUUCCGAAAAAAUAUAACUGA